AUGCAAGUCGUUUACAGAGAUCACGUGUGCCACGUACGUGACUGCCGAGGCUUUUCAUCUCUUCGAGUUCAAGUCUCUUCACGUCUGCAACAGCGUCCAUCCCUCUGGACGCUGCAACUCUCUGGGCGCUCCAGGUUUUGCAAUAAUCAUUUGGUUCCAUUAUGUGAGACAUCUGUCUCUGUUGACUCUUCAGAGAUCGCGCGGGCAAGCUUGCAUGUUGCCAUUCCAUGGUACACCCACAUAUACGGCAUCCCGUUCAUAUCACUCUACCCCCUACUGGCCUACGCGUACUACGUCAAGUAUGACCAAUGGCUGGUGAGCGAGGAGUGGACUUUCUUGGCCUGUGUUUCCCUCGGUGCUGGCCAUGCCUUGAGUUUCUUGAUCACCAAAUGGCAUUCUGGCGCACGCGCAUGGAUAACAACUAAGAAGGCCCAUUCCAUUGCUGAAGCCGAUCGUAUUCGAAUUGUUCCUCACCUUCAUCGCGGCCAAGGCGAAAUUGUUCCCCUUCUCAAGAAGAACGCGAAAGACGUGACGUCUUACACAUUCAAUUACCAACGCGACACAUACACAGUCUCUUCCACACAUCCCUUAACCUUUGCCCGUCUUCCUUAUCCAUCCUCUGGAAGGCCGCCUCUGAAUACGUUCCUGAAGCCUGAUUCUCUGGCGUCCGGUGACUUGCCGAAUCUCUACGACCUUUAUGGAAACAACGAGUUCGACAUCCCAAUUCCAUCGUUUACCGAACUUUUUGGAGAGCACGCUACGGCACCCUUCUUUGUCUUUCAAAUAUUCUGUGUUGCUCUAUGGUGCUUGGACGAAUACUGGUACUACAGCCUAUUCACUCUCUUCAUGCUUAUCGUCUUUGAGUGCACAGUCGUGUGGCAGCGCGUCAGAACCUUGACCGAAUUCCGGACGAUGUCAGUGGCCCCAUACCCGAUCAAGUGUUACCGCGACGAGAGUUGGGUUGAGGUGCAGACUGACAAGCUUCUUCCAGGUGACCUCGUUUCCGUCGCCCGGGUCCAAACUGAAACCACGGUCCCCGCCGACAUACUUUUGAUAAGUGGGACCUGUAUCGUCAAUGAAGCGAUGCUUUCCGGUGAAUCCACACCUCUGUUGAAGGAAUCCAUACAGCUUUUGGAGGCUUCUGAGAAUCUUGACGUUGAUGGAGCACACAAAAAUGCCGUUCUUUUCAGUGGCACGAAGAUCUUACAGGCAACCCAGUCAAGUGAGAUACCAUCUCCAGUGAAAACGCCUGAUGGCGGUUGUCUCGGUGUCGUUGUGCGUACGGGCUUCGGGACGGCGCAGGGCCAACUUGUUCGAACCAUGAUUUUUUCAACUGAGCGGGUUUCGGCGAACAACACGGAAUCUUUCCUUUUCAUCGGUUUCCUCUUAAUCUUUGCUAUUGCUGCAAGUUGGUAUGUCUGGGUUAAAGGUAUCGAAAGAGAUUUGAAGAAGUCGAAGCUUUUGUUAGACUGCAUCCUCAUUGUCACGAGCGUUGUCCCUCCCGAACUUCCCAUGGAACUCUCGCUCGCCGUUAAUACUUCACUCGUUGCGCUGUCCAAGUUUGCGAUCUUUUGUACGGAACCCUUCCGAAUCCCAUUUGCCGGUCGUGUCGACGUCUGCUGUUUCGAUAAGACGGGAACUAUCACCGCCGAGAAUUUGGUGCUUGAAGGUGUGGCUGGCGUGAAUGUUGUUGACCCACGGAAAUUAGUGGGUGUGAAGGAGACAUCCCGCGAGACGACUCUCUGCCUGGCCGCUGCCCAUGCCCUUGUUCAGCUCGAUGACGGGACAGUUGUCGGAGAUCCGAUGGAGAAGACCACACUUGACUCUCUGGAAUGGACUUUGGGCAAAGGCAACGUUAUUUCUCCGUCAAGUAACGUGGCCCCACACAGAACGCAUUUGACUAUUAGACGUCGUUUCCAAUUUUCUUCGGCUCUCAAGCGCAUGUCAACGUUGUCCAGCCUUCCCAAUGGCAAAAUUAUUGCGGCAGUCAAAGGUGCACCAGAAACGAUCAAAGGAAUGCUGGACGUUGUUCCCGAGAACUACGACCAGACCUACAAGUGGUUUACGAGGAAAGGAAGUCGUGUUCUGGCUCUGGGUAUGAAGGAUAUGGAGCCUAUGAAUGCUGAUAAGAUCAACAAACUUCCAAGAGACCAAGUCGAAAGCAAACUUGUUUUCGCGGGUUUCCUUGUCUUCCAUUGUCCUCUCAAGAUUGAUGCUGUUGAGACUCUCAAAAUGCUUGCGGACUCAUCUCAUAGGUGUAUCAUGAUUACGGGGGAUAAUCCGCUUACGGCAGUUCAUGUGGCUCGAGAUGUCGAGAUAGUCGACCGUGAAGCUAUGAUUCUCGACCUUGCUGAAAAUCCGAGACAUGACGGAGAUUUGGUCUUUAGGACUGUGGAUGAGUCUAAAAUCAUCCCUGUUGAUCCAUCGGAACCCUUCGAUCUGUCAGUAUUCGAUCAGUACGACAUCUGCGUUACAGGCGCUGCUAUGAAACAAUUUGUAUCAAAACCGAGUUGGAACGACCUUGUCCAAAAUACCUGGGUUUACGCUCGUGUUUCGCCGUCGCAAAAGGAGCACAUUUUGACUACCUUGAAAACCCUUGGCUACAUUACCCUUAUGGCUGGCGAUGGAACCAAUGAUGUCGGGGCUCUGAAGCAGGCUCAUAUAGGUGUUGCACUUUUAGACGGUACACCAGAAGAUCUACAGAAAAUUGCGGAGCGUCAAAGACUAGAACGUAUCAAGAAGGUAUACGAGAGUCAGCUGAAGAUCUCUGCUCGCUUCGGACAGGUGCCGCCGCCAGUUCCCCCUGCCAUUGCCCAUCUUCUGCCAGACGCCGUUCAAGCUCAGCAGCGGGUGGCAGCAGACUUGCAGGUUGCGCGUCAGAGGAACCCAAUGGAAAAGUUUGACUUGAACUCAAUAACGGAAAAAAUGGCAGAGAUGGAAGGCGAGGAAGAUGUCCCAAAAAUUAAACUUGGGGAUGCCUCUUGUGCCGCACCCUUCACCUCUAAGUUAUCCCAUGUAUCGGCCAUCACGCAUAUCAUUCGGCAAGGACGCUGCACGCUCGUCGCAACCAUUCAGAUGUACAAAAUUUUGGCUUUGAACUGUCUCAUCACGGCAUAUAGUCUUAGCGUGCAGUACCUUGACGGAAUCAAGUUUGGCGACUAUCAAGUAACUAUCACUGGCAUGUUAAUGUCAGUCUGUUUCCUGUGUAUAUCCCGAGCCAAGCCUGUCGAGAAACUAUCGCGCGAACGUCCUUUGGGCAACAUCUUCAACUUUUACGUCCUGCUAUCGGUUCUUUUGCAAUUUGCGUUGCACAUCGCGACGUUGGUUUACAUCACAAACCUAUCUCAUUCGUAUGAGCAGAUGGGUCCCAUUGACCUCGAAGCGAAAUUCGAGCCCAGUCUUCUUAACACUGCAAUUUACCUGCUUGGUUUGUCUCAACAAGUCUCGACAUUCACCAUCAACUUCCAGGGACGACCUUUCCGUGAAGGAAUUCGCGAAAACCGUGCGCUGUGGUGGGGGCUUGUGGCGGCUAGUGCCGUCGCUUUCUCGGGAGCAACUGACUUUAUGCCCGAGUUGAAUAGAUGGCUCCAGAUAGUUGAAAUGAAAGACUCGUUCAAGCUCCGAUUGACUGUGACCAUGAUCGUUGAUUUCAUAGGCUGUUGGAUUAUCGAGGUUGUCUGCAAGCACAUCUUUGCUGACCUUGAACCUAAAGCAAUGGUUACCCGGGGGCGAGAUCGUAGGGAGCGUCGUAGAGCAGAGGAAGACUUCAGGCAGAAGGAUGCAGAGAUAGGUGAAAAGUUGAAGACACUUUAG